AUGUCUUGCAUGCCUUCACCAGCCGGUGACCCUCCUACUAUCAGCGCGCGACCCAAACUCACCCUCCAAACUACCUCUCUCCCUCGCACAUUUGGGUCUUCAACCACCGGCCUCUCCCGCUCCUGCACCGCUGCUCCUGGUGCAUCACCGACCGUUGGAAAUACUUUUAAAAACGCCUAUGACAUUGCAACCCCCGCCUCCGCAACCAGCUCUCCCUCCAAGGGCCCCAGCCACCGGUUUCCCUCCAACAAACCCAUCUCACCUUAUGUGCACAACAAUAAUAAUCCCUUCAACUACCGCCCUUACCAACUUCCCUUGGGAGUGCGAAGCAUCUUGCGCAACUCCCCUCUCGACACAGCCUCACGGCGGCGAUCGGGCUCCAUCUCAGCAGGGGCCAACAACGGACCCGGGGGCGCAGGCGCUCGCCGAGUCUUUUUCCCCACAAAGAAGCAAGUCAGCUAUCGAGUCCCAAUAGAGGAAGAGAUCCGCACGGAGCGCUACACCGCGCAGCAUCUAGAUCUCGUGCUUGAAGAGGAGGAGAAGGCAGCAAAGCCAAAGGUGGCAGUGCAGCAACACGAGGCAGAUCGGGGGCCAGAAACACAACCGCACGACUCCACCCAGGAAUCAGACGCCAACCAGUCCCUGUCUGAGUCUAGUACUUCAGACGAGGCUAGUGCCGACGAAGGAAUACCCAAAACAACGCUUUCGAAGCUGGAACGCAAGAAAAGACGCACUAUGCGCACAGAGCGGCAAGUGCGCGCUGUCGCACUGCUUGAUGGAUUGGAAUCGGACCAGUAUGGUGGCUGCUCCACACCGCAGACUCCCCAGGGACGAGUCAAACGUCGCCGAGAAUGGAAAUGGACUUUGGGACCGAUCAACACCGAUAUCGCUACCACUACCAGUUCUGGAAGUGUUUCUUCCGCGACGACGACACCUGAAACUCCCUCGGUUUCCUCUGCCUCCACUGUGGAUGAACCAAAACCUGAAACCCAAUCCUUUCAGGAUCAAUAG